GAGAGUUGCUACGUUAGAAAUCUUUAUUUUUUACUCCCGGCACCCACCAUGCCCAAGAAAAAAUGCAGCAAAUGCUCUCAGGGAGACUCGACACCAAUGAUGCGCUGUUCCAAGUGCAAGAACCGGCUUUAUUGCUCUAAGGAAUGUCAAAUUGCCGAUUGGUUUUCGCAUAAAGAACAUUGCGCAAGUGCCCCGAGCGCUCAGAACACGAACGUGACCGGCAUCGUCAUAGCAUGCAACAAAGACAGAGUACACAACCCCAUCUUCCAAUCGACAGUCAUUGAACCGACGCACCAAAUCCAUAGCCUCGGAAUUGAGUGCCCUCUGUUCAACCAAGUCGGCUUUCCUAUCGUGAUGUAUCGUCAUAUUCGCCAAAAUUCCUUAACCAUGCAUCGCGAUCCCGGUCUGGACAACCAAAUAGCUACAUACCUCAUGAUUGAGCCGACCAAUGGGUUUGCCACCCCCGAGUAAGAUGUCUCAUUGUUUUAGAAUCGGUACUUCCGAAUCUUGACACAGCGAAAGGUGGCAGCAAUGUAUCGGGGCGGUUACAGUCAUGCGCCGAGAUGGAAAACCACUGACAUUAGAAGCAGUGGAGACCAUCUGGAUGUUCGCGGACCGUGUGCUUGACCUUUUUGGUAUCGAUCAUACCCCGCCCGCUCGCACAAUGACUCCACAGGGAUUCCAUUGUUUCUGUCAGGAAUAUAAAGAUGGGAGGUUGUUGAAUGGGUACGACAAUUUCAGAGAUAUGCCUGUGCCUCUUUGAGAAGCGGCGUUGCGAGUGGAUGCUAGCAGACAAGGCGAGAAACGUAUUCUCUGAUGUAUUUGUAACGUACCAUCACUUGUACGAUUAAUGUUUGUAUUGAGCGGACUCCAGGAAUAUGGAUAUGACUUGUGAACCGUUG